AUGUUGCCCACCCUGGCUGCCGGGUCGGUCUUCUUCAUAGGCCUGUUCAUGCUCUCCAAGACAUGCCUCAAGUACAUCCCUGCACUGAGGUGGAGCGAAGGGGAUGCAGUCAUAGUGUCAACCGGGUUGGUGUCCUCCGUUCAGGCGAUCACAGCCUCCUCAACUGGUUACAUCAUUGCCUCAUCCUGUGAUGACAUCAUCGAGGAUCAGUAUUGGCUGGCCAGCGCCUACAUCCUCUUUGCCAUGCCUUCCUUUGUGUAUGACAUCUAUGCUAUGGUCAUGUGCUACUGGUACAAGGCACGGGUCAAGGAUCACAAAGCAGACAGUGGUGCCAAACCCCUGGGCACGGCCCUGACCGGCUACCUGCAACGCAAGUUCCUCAUGGUGCUCCACCACAUAGUCGUCAUGGACACUGUGUGCUUCCCCAUCUCUGUGUUCUGGCGACAGGGCAAGGGGGAUUACUUUCAGGGCAUCAUGUUACUGCUAGAACUUAGCACACCGUCGGUCUGUCUGGGAAAGAUCCUCAACCACUACAAACAGCAACACACUCCCCUGGACAAAGUGAAUGGGGCUACUAUGCUGCAGUGUUAA